UUUUCUCACACAUUUUCCCUUUCACUUUCUCUCAUUUUCUCUCCAUCCAAACAGCCUCCAUGGAAGACGACCCCUCAGCUUCAUACAUCCACAUGGUGCACCACUUGAUCGAAAUAUGCAUUCUUUUCAACAUGUCCAAGGAAGAGUGCAUGGAAGCUCUGUCCAAACAUGCAAAUAUCGAACCGGUCAUCACUUCCACCGUGUGGAGUGAACUGGAGAAGGAGAACAAGGAGUUCUUCGAAGCGUAUGAGAAGAAACGACGUGACGUUACUACGAGGAAGUUGGAAGGGAACUCUUCGUCCGACACGUCGGGUUUCAACUUGCUGGGUUUGGGCGAUACGACGCCGUUGGGUCGCUAGGUGACUAGACAGGUCGGCGGAGUAGCGUCGACGUACGACGUCGUUCUUAUGGGAUCGUAGGCAGAUAGAACAGCGCGAGUGGCGACUUAGACGGGGGGAUGAAGAUAUUUUAAGAUACUAAUAUUUUGGCUGGUUGGCUGACACGUGGCUACACGUGACGUGGUUCUGCAACUUUUUAAGAAUGUAUUGGUGUCGCUUGCUGAUUGGGACUUCAUGAGAGGUGACACGUGGCAGUAUAUAAUUUAAUAAGUGGAAUUUCUUUUUUGUUUUUUCUUCCUUUGUAAUUUGUAAUUAAUAUCAGAUAUUAUCAGCUUUAUAAUUUAGUUUUAGAGAACCCCUAGUAGAUAUCGUCAGGUUUAAUUUGUUACAUGUCGUCGUCACCAUCAUGAUUUUAAAACACAUAUAUUAAGGAGAAGUUUCUAGAUUCUUAUGA